UCUCUGCUAUUGCAGACGUGCAAGGUAAAGGAAGGAAUAUCAUCAUCAGUCAGCACCGCGAUUAGGAGAAAGAUAGAAAUCGAGAGAAAUCACAGAUGAAGUAAGCCAAUUUGUUUUCUGUAUGCGCUGAUGAUUGCGGGUACUUCAUCCCCACUGACCUUGAAGAGAAGGAGGCUCCGUACAGUCGAUCCCAUGGAGGCUGAGUUAUCUAAGGCCAAGUUUGCAGCUAUAAGAGAAAAGUUUGGAAGAGAUUUGCGUGUGUUUGAAACAUCACAAGCUUCUACAUCACCUACUGAAGUUACCAACAGUGAGGAGCCUGAUGACUAUUAUGAGUUCACUGCCGAAGAUUAUUAUCGAGUUAUGUCAUCCAGAAAAGAAGAGAGGUUUUUAAAGACACGGAAACUUCGAGAAGCCGAAGAGGCAGCCCGGAGGGCAAGAAUAACUAAGGCUGUGGUUAGAGUUCGCUUUCCUGAUAAUCACACAUUGGAGGUUACAUUUCAUCCAUCAGAAACAAUCCAGAGUCUAGUUGAUCUUCUCAAGAACCUGGUCACUCAUCCAGAACUUCCAUUCAAUCUAUAUACCACUCCUCCUAAGAAGCAAUUAAGAGACUUAUCUCAGGAUUUUUACAGUGCAGGCUUUAUUCCUGGUGUAAUUGUGUAUUUUUCAUAUGAUCUACCAAAAGAUGAGGAUUCUACAGUUGGCAAUUUGAGUCCAUUCCUCCUGGAAGAGAUCAUGUCUUUGAAAGGUUUGGAAGUGAUCAAUGAGCAGAUGGAACCUGCACAGUCUGUGGCAGAACCUGUUACAGAAGCUCCACCCCCUGUUGCUCAAGAGCGUAAACCUACAGAGAAAAAGCCUGCAAAGCCAAAGUGGCUGAAAAUGUGAUACUGAAUGGUUCUUCAUGCAAGCUUCAACCCGCUGUCUCCUGACAUAGAAAUAGAGCUUCUCUCUAGGUUGGACUAAGCGGUGAACUUCUUGGGAAGAAGAAAAUACAUUUGAAAGCUGUGAAGGGCUUUCUGAUGGCAACAUUUUAGUUUUCUGCAAAGGAUGUUCAUACUUCUAAACUUACUGAGAUAAAAUUGUCUUUUAUAUCGAAGGUUGAGCCCUUUGGAGAGUCGUGUACCUUUAUUUGCAGUAUCUCUUUUGUAUUUGUCAUCGUA